AUGUUCACCUUCCGCCCCAGCCCUGCGCGCCACUCACAGAGUUGGCGUGAGAGCUGCAAACCGGAGAAGUACGGCACGACAGCGGCUGCACCGGCUGCUUUGGCAGAGGCGUUCCCGUUGAUGCUGAGGGAAGACAAUGUGCGCCAGCCUACGUGGGCGAUGGAAAUGCGUCGCAACUCGCAGUUGUCUGGGGGCGGCGCGGUGGACGAUGGUCAUUCCGUGGUCUCUCCAAAGAUCACAAAAUCCUUCAGCGAAAGCCGUGCCAGCAGCCAUGCAGCGAGACACACUGAGAACUUUAAGAGGGCUACCCCGGAGUUCGAGGACUGGCUGGCUGUAGGGAAGGUGCAGCAAGGCGAGCUCACGACGGCGCAACAGACGUACCUGUCCUGGUGGUUUCACGACGAGCGGCUCGCCGCAAAGACGCCAUUCGCGGCGGUGGUGCCGUGCCCAGCGCGGAUGAGUAUGGAGAAGGCGCAGCAGGCGGUGGCAGCUGUCAUUGAUGACUUCGCCUUCCCGACGUUCUACGUACAGACGCUGCCGGUGGGGGCGACACUGUCGGAUGUGGCGCAGGCGUUCGUCAAGCGCCCUGCUCACUUGCCAGAGGAGCGACGCUACCGCAAUGCCGAGAAGAGAGGCGUGUACGCCUAUACGGCUGUGCCGUGCCACGGCGGUCGCGACGCAAUCAAGCUCGUGAUGCAGUCAUCCGCGCUGAAGGACGCUCUUCGUGAGGUGCCGUGCCUGCUGCUGAAUGACUACCGCCCCCUGACGCCGCUGUGUCUACGCUGCCUUGUCGUCGCCGGUCGCUGCGUCGCUGUCGAAGUGGCCUGCGACGAAGCUUACGCCCCGCUCUUCGGCAUCUACCCCAACAACACCGGCGCGGCGGGGAUAGGUGAUACAAGCCACGCCAGUGAUGCGCAUAUGACGGCCGGGAGGCGCUGCGGCGCCUCAGCGGUUGCGUGUCACCACCGGCUGACCACCGUGACGGGCGAGGACGGAGAGGGCACCGUCCAGCGCACGGCGAGCGAUGUCGUGGCGUACGGGUUGCAGAGUUAUGUGGAAGAGGUCCUUGGGCAGUCACUGGGCAACCGCGCCUACACGGCAGUUUUGUCGGCUGAGGUGAAAGGCUUCGACCCGCAUGUGUUGCGGCCCCGAGUGAGUGACCCGCCGUUCUGGCCGUUGAUGGGGCGCGAGCCGCUGCAGCUAAGGCGCCCGCCAUUUGAGGAGAAUAGCCUGCAGUUUUUCAUCCUUUCUCUGGAGCCUGCCGACCCUGGACCGUUUGAAGCAUUUGGGCCGGAGGAGCUGCAUGCCAUCAGCCACUACGUUCUGGAGCGAGCAAAGGCGGGGGCCUUUCUGCCACCAGUGGUUCGCUUUCUCGACGGCCAUGAAGUGGAGCGUGCCGCCGCGCGGCUACCGUGUUCACCCACCCCACUGUCGGUGCGUCGUUCUCCGGUUGCAGAGGCAUCUAAAAAGGAGGGGAAUGGCAAGUCGAGACACCACUUGUCCGCCACACUCCACAAGCCUGCCAACGUUGCCUCCGAGAUCAGCGGCGCCAGUAGCAGAGGUACCUCAGCGACCGACAUCUCCUCCUCUGCUGGGCCGCAGCGGACGCAGAGCCAUCGUGACGGCGAGGCGGGGACGGAGCUCCUUAAGGCGCGGUCGCAUCGGCCUCCGCCGAGGAUGAUCACGUCGCUCUCAUCGACUGCCCUGGUCACAGAGUCGUUGAUGGUAGCCACAGAGCGUGUGGCGUCGAUUCCGUGUUCUGUGGAUAGCAGGCGCGCAGCCCAACGCCACUUUGAUUCCAACAACGUCCAGGCGCCGACCUCAUCCUUUGCACUGCAGGACGGGGACAGCACGCACGAGGACGCGUACGCUACGGCGACUUCUCAGUCCUACACGAGCGAUGCGCUACGCAGCAUUUCUGGGAGCUCCCGUGUAAGCUGCACGGGUAGCGGUGGACUGCCACCGCGCGUCUCUUCAUUCGAUCGCUCAACCUCUGCCGCUGCGGCGGCGCCUGUCACAGGCACUGAGGCAAUGCCACGUCUCCCUGCGAGACACGAGGGCCAUUCUGUCUCCGCACCCUCAUCGAGGGUCGACGCGCUGUCAAAUCAUGUGCUAACGCCAUCUCUGGCGUGCCACAGGGAAUCAAGUGUGGUUGGGGCUCCGCGGUCCGAGAAGACACUAGUGAGUCCUAUUCGAACCACCAUGGUAGUGGGCCGCACCAACGGUGAGAGCACCAGCGCCGCCAGCUCGUGCUCCUCUCACCUUCCAGAGCGUUGCUUUUCCACGGCAGCGAACAAUCUCAGUGAUAGAUGUCAAAGCAACGUUGCGCGGUGUGGGUCCGACACCCAGAGAGCGACAGAUUUGCUAAGCCUACGCCCAUCACUGCCGCCGCGCCGUCAGUUGUCCGUCAUAGGUGCUGCACCUGCCACCGCGGCAGCAGCGGCAACGUCGGUGCACACAUCCAGCAUAUCCGACAACACAUCCUCAGAGAAUUGUGUCGUGGCGUCCUCCGCAAAGUCGUCCCGGAACCCCAUGGUUGUCUCCUCGCAUCGCAGCACAACGGCCAAGGAAACCAUCGUGGCUGCUGUACCGGGGACUGAACAGACGACAACGGCGGAAGACCCCGUGCUACCAUCGCGGCUGAGCGCGGAGGAUAUGCCUAUGGUCGCGUCGCGGAGCCUACCCUCACGUAUGGCCUCAUUUUCUGCGUUUUCAAUGACUCAAUCGAUGAACUCGUCGAACCCCAAGUCGCGCUCUAGCGCGCCACCAUCCACGGUAACCAAGUCGGCGUCGUCCUUAUCUCCAGCAUUUUUGGUCGGGGAAAGUUGUCGGAGGCAUCGCAGCCGCAACAGCAACACCAACAACUUCCCUGUGGCCCCCAGUCGCCCUGAGGAUAUCUCCAUGGUCCAGCCUCCUGUAGAGCCGUGCCCUUCGCCUGAGAAGGCCACAUCCACAGAAGAAGUAGCAGCUGCAGAGCGGAUCGCCAGCGCGGCGCAAGAGUCGUCUCCAACUCUUGCGCCGGCGUCGUGGAUCACCCAAGAGGGCUCACCGUCAGGUCCCAGGGACCAAGACUCGGGCGAGGCGUCGACACCCGGGUCCCGCGUGGCCCAGUCAUCGUCGUCGGUACCCGAGUCACUGCAGUACAGUGCGGAUGACUGCACUGGCAACGUGGAGCACGAAAGCAAUCAACACACCGAUGAUCGUGAUGACAAGGGAGCGAAGGGGCAGCCGAGCGAAGAGGCGUGUGAAGUGGGAGAGCGCGCAUUCAUGUGCUUUUCCUCAAUCCUGCCCUCUGCGUCGCUGUGCCGUGCACGGGGCUCUGUGGUGCGCAGCCGGCCAAGGGAGACAUCGACAAUGUUGCCCUCAUCGCGGCACUCGGUGGUGAGGGGUGCUGAGAGUGACAAGUACUCCUCCUCGAUACAGAAAGAUAAGCAAGAGGACGACGAGACACGCACAUCGUACACCUCAUCGCGCUUCCAGAAUAAGGCUGCUACUGAGGAAGCCGACAAGGCGAGCCAUCGCUCCUCAAUCCCGCCUUCGCGCCCCGCAACGAGCUAUCACGACCUUGGCGUGGGCCCUGAGGUUCCCGAGGAAGAGCUGGCGGCCACAGAGGGCACGCACUGGGCGGAGGAAGCUAGAGACACUGUGGAAGCAGCGGCAGCGACAUCGUGCGGGGGGGACGACGACGCACCUUUGCAGCACGGGGCGAAGAAGGGUGCCGUGUCUGCCGUCUAUGAAGAAGAGGACGGGUAUGAAGACGUCACGCCUGGUGAUGAAGCAGCAACAGCGGAGCUGCAGGCGGUAGGCUCUGAGAAGCAACCUGCUCGCUCCAGGCACAACCUCACUGCCUCCAAGCAAUGCAAGGCGCCGUCUUGUUUCUCCAGCUUUGAGAAAAGCGAGGACACUAUCGUGCAUGAUGACGGAGAAGAAGCUGGCAGCGCCUACUACUACCACUACACCCGCCACACGGACGGGUGCUCAGAGCAGCAGGUGAUGAAUUCGGCCGACUUGGAGAGCCGUAUCUCGACCGCACUGUCUGCUGCUUCGACUCAGACAACGGGACAGCGGCAGUGGGUCAGCAGACCAGCCUCGGAGGCGAACCAGCGACCACCGUCGAACGCCCCAUCUUGGGGGCCCAGUACGGACAUCGCUGGUGCUCAGCAUGAAAGCAGCGACACCGAGUCCGAAAGCACGUCUUCGCUGAUGCUGCCGGUGCCACCAUGCAAGGUGGCGACGACGGGGACAGUCGAGGAGAAGUCUGCUGGGCCCUCGGCAGCGUCCAACUCGAGCCGCUGCAGCGCCUUUGCGACGAGCAGUGCGGCCUACUCAUUUGCGACUGCACAGGCGCCAUCGACAACGGAUCUUUGGCUCUCGCAGUCGUUCACAAGAUUCUCAGUGGAUUCAGGGCAUGAUGGGGCACCGGCCUCUGUUCAGUCGCUGCAACAGCACACCAGCCGUAUGGUAUAG